CGUCAAUUGCUCCAACUUCGCCAGUGACGAUAUUCCAUUGUCCUUCAGGACUCCCACACUACGCCCAUGUCGCUACCAGACCACCCGAGUAAGGACGAGGAGAAGCGCUCCAAAUGGAAGAUAUUCGGCUCCCACAAGGACAAGCGCAAAAGCGGAGAAGCGCCAGUGCCCGAGAGCUCGUCUUUGGAUUCUACGUACGGAACAAACGAGCCGAACAACUCGUUGAAGACGGAGGCCGACAGCAGCACGUCGACGUCCAAGAGUCCCAAUGUAUUUGACAAGGAACGCAGCAGCGACACAGAGAACCAGUCCAGGUCGGAUGAUCCUCUGUCGCACACGAGUCCUCCCAUCAAGCAGGAGACUGUCACAAAUCCCAAUACGGGCCAAACCAUUACAACCACGACGACGACUACUACGACUACGACAACCGUCACCAAUUCCAAUGGCACGACAGCGACCGUUGAAGAGCCGCGACAGCCCGCCGAGCUACCGACGACGAGCAAUCAGAAAGAUACAAUCACGCCUCCACCUGCUACUCCGCCCAAUGAGUCAAUGGGAGAUGACCAGCUACCUGUAUCUCCGACAGACCAGACCACAGACACUCAUUAUCCACCGGUUCGUCGACAGAGUGUAGAAACUCCGGGAAAUCGAAUCAUCCCUCCGCGCGAUCCAAACUCCCUACCGAGUCCAGUCAAUCCAGUGACGAAUUCCAAUGUUCCUGCGAUUCCUGAACGCAACGCCAAUCGGAAUUCCCUCGAUGGUUCCAUGGUCCAUCCCCUCGCACGACAGCCCAGGGCGGUUGACACGAAUCACGAUACGUCUACAGCGAACAUUUCGCAACCAUCAAACGUACCAGCACAGACAACUGCGACAGGUUUUCCGCAAAAUCACACCUACGUUAACCCUCCGAAGCAGCAGCAGAAGACGCAGCCUAGUGGCGGCCUGAGACAGCAAUCCACGAUUCAUAAUUUGAAGCAGGCCGCAGCUGGCAUCCAUGGCGCUGGUGAGACUCUUCGUGGAACUCUCAACUCGACCGUCGACCGACGUUUUGGCAAUCAACAAGCCAUGGAAAAGAACCAACGAACCAUCGACGCGGGCCGAUACGAGAUUGAAAACCAACGGUUUUACCAUCCGGACGAACACCCUCCUCAAAAACAACCGGAACAACAACAACCAAACCCCUGGCACCAAGGCGGUGGACCACUAACGCCUCCGUUGUAUCAAGUUCCAUUCGACGAUACCUCAGGAUCGAGCUGGAGCGGCUGGUUCGGAGAAUAG